UGAAAACGCUAAUUUUCGUAAAACUGGUUUUUCGGUAGAUUUUUAAAACUUUUUCUAAAAACAAUUAUUGCCACGAGAAUCAGCAGGGUCGAUUAUCCAUACUCCAUCCGUCUUUCAGGCUAUCAAGGGUCACUGGUGUCAGUCCUGGGACCCGUCGGAAAUCCGAUACAACAGCUGAACCACAGAAAAUCAAGGUCUCACUUUGCUCCCAUUUUGAAGAGAACACCCCGGACUAUCAGCCCAUGAAAAAAAUUAAUAUAUUCCUAUGCGAGUUUCGAACAACCCAGGUCAGUUUUCCAAAGAUCCUCUGAAAAACCAGCUUCAGAAAAUUGUCCGAAAUUCGCUUUUUCUCACAGAAAAAAGUGGUCAGGUGUCUAGUCUUCAAAACUAAGAACCGUAGGUCUCUAUCUAGCUUCUAUCAACGGUUAUUCAAAAAGUAACUGAUGGCAUUGGAUUUUGGAAUGGAUAGUAGCUAAUAGUAAAUAAUUGAGGAUUCAUAAAUGCUUUCACGACAAUGUUUAAGUGUUUCAGUGUGAUGAGCGUUAGGUCAGUCAUUUUCAUCAGUUAUGAAAACUAAUUUCUUUGACUUGCAUAGACCGCAUUUAAAUAACAUCUUUUAGUGUGAAUAUAUUUAAACUUACUAAAGUAUGGUCUACAUUUUCCCGCUUAAUCACAAAUCUUAAAAUCGCUUAUUUAUAAAAGGAAAUUUGGCCAAGGCUAAGGAUCCUCCUUCUGGACGUUUUGUCAAAAACUGAUUUUUUCAUAAAAAUGGAAAUCUAUUAUAUCUAAUGAAAAAAUUAUUUUUUAUAACAAACUUCUAGCUUGUUAUACAAUACCUUCACUUUUUAUGAGAGGUUUAAAAGAUUGAUUACUAUGCUGUUCUUUUUCAUGAACAUUUUGUGUAAGAAUAUCACUAAGACGAAAGACGAGUUUGACAUGAACUAAGUUUCUUAAUGUGCAGUUGUUGGCUAGAAAUAAAAACAUUAAUAUAGAAAAUUCUGAUCAAACAUAAAGAGGGUAAAUACAACAUUGACCCUGAGACGAAAUACCAUUCUGUUUUGUUGUUCAGGUGAAUACGAUUGUAUGGACUGGACCGAUGAGCGACCAUUUUGGCCCGGUUCUGGUGAUGGUUGUCCAUUUCAAACAAGUUUUUCAUGUGAUGAGCAUAUUUGUAAACGCGCUGAAUUUUCAUGCGGAAAUGGCGAAUCUAGUUCAGAUUUUCAGUUAUGGACAAUCGAUAAUGGUUAUUGUUUGUCAUAUAAAAUACGAUAUGAUGAAACGGUCGUUGAUAAUAAAUGUAGUUUCUACGUUAAAUGUGCUCUAUCACGUGGUUUAAAUCUAAAUUGUCCGUGCCGGAACGAUACCAUUGAUUGUAUAACUAAUGAAAUAAAGAGUACGUGCAACGAUGAUAAAAUAUUGUAUCCACAUGGUGCAUUAUUUACGCCUUAUUAUCGGGUAAUCUAUUUACGUGAGCAUAAUUGGUUGGAGAAAACUCCCGAUUUUCUAUUAUACAAUGGGAGUAUCAAAUGUAAAGGCUAUCAAAUUAGCUCAUUCGAUAAACAACAUGAAAAGAAAAUUCACUCUAAUACCCGAUUGCUUACAUUUUAUUUUCAUGAAAAAGACUUCUGUGAAUUAAAAAGUGCAAAUCGAUCUUCAUUAGCUCCGCAUUACAAUCAACAUUGUUGGAAUUAUUCAAAAACAUAUAAUAAUCGCCCAUAUGCUAUAGCUCAUGUAUGUAAUGCUCAAUGCAUGUCAAUGUAUCGUGUUCGAGAUGGUAUCUAUGAUUGUAUUGAAGAACAUGUAUCGGAUGAAGAUCGCGCUAUUAAUGGAUCAUGUCUUUCUAUUAAACAUCAUCGUUUUCAAUGUUCACAAUCUGAAGUAUCUUGUCUACUAGCCGGUGCUGUCGGUGACUCUGAUGCUCAUUGCACCAAUCGUCAAGAUGAAUAUGAAACAUCUGCACUAAGAGAUAUUAAGUGUGAAAAACGCAGCGAUGAAGGCUGUCAGAUUCAUCGUAAAUAUAUUUCUCGUUCACCAAUGGCGAAUACGCUUCCAAUGUAUAACAAUAUAAGUGAAACAGUAGGAAGAAAAAUUCCGUUUCAAGAUUAUUGCAACUCAUUCUUUGAUACAAAGUCGGGAACAGAUGAAUCUUCAAUGUUCUGUGAUGACUGGUUGUGUCCAAAAAAUCAGUAUCGGUGUUUGUCAAACCAAUGCAUUCCAACCGACUGGGUUUGUGAUGGUGAAUGGGACUGUAGUGACGCAUCGGAUGAACAAAAACUGAUUGGUAUUGACAAAUUUGAUGAACAUAACGUUGAAACUGGUUUAAAUCUCAUACGUAUGAAGCAGAAAUGUUUUGAAAUAUAUAAAAAUCAACCAUUUUCAACAAUUUGUAAUAUUAAUACUGAAUUUCCAUGUAUGGUUGAUCGUUCAAAGGGUCCACUUAAUUUUACAAUAAAUCGUCCUUGUAUUGAUCUAAAUCGAAUUGGCGACGGUAUUUCUGAUUGCAUUGGUAGUUAUGAUGAAAGAAAUAAUUUAGUAUGUGAAAUUUACGGUAUGUUGGGGUACCAUUUUCAUUGUUCAAAUUCUGCGUCUUGCAUUGAAUAUCUUCAGUUAUGUAAGUUUUUAUGUCCAGACGAACAUGCCCCUAUCUGUUUUCAUAAGGAAAGAAAGUAUAAAAAUGGUACAAUAAGUGAGUGUAAUAAUGAUAACGAUGUAAUGUGUUUGAAUGAUAAAUGUCUAAAAAAUGCGCGAUGUAAUAAGGUGUUGGACUAUCCAGAUGGUGAAGAUGAAUACUGGUGCAAUCCUAAUGUUGCUGAAGAUCCCAGAGUUUAUAGAGAACAAAAACGACGUCUUCGAUCUGCAAGGACAACAAAUAAACUACCUUACUAUCCAAUUAAUGAUAUUAUUAAGAAUAAAUGUUCAAAUACUAAAUUAGUCAGGCAAAAAAGUGACUAUUCUAAACUUAACAUGAUAAAUAUCAAAGUGGAACAGAUAAAAUAUAAAACCGCUUAUGAAAUGGUAAAUAGUUUAUUUCCGGAUAGUGUCAAGGAAGAAACACAUUAUGUACCAUUUAUAUGUAAUCGUGGUGUUACUGUUCGUCAAAAGCAGCCGGAUGAUCAAUUAGAAGUGACUUCUUGUUUUUGUCCGCCUAGUUUCUAUGGUGAGAGAUGUGAAUACUUCAGUGAUCAUAUAACGAUAAUAACACAUCUCGAUUUAUCUAAUUGGCAUAUAAGCAAUAAUAAAAAUGUUGUCAUUAAAGUAUUAGCAUUAUUUUUAUUUAAUAAUACAAUAAUUGAUUAUUACGAUUUUCAUGUUCAAACAAUAUCGUAUAAAAAAACGAUUUCAUUAAACAGCGAUUUUAUUUUCUUUAUCCACGAACAGAUGAGUUUAUUAAUUUAA